AUUAUUUCAGCCCAAUAGUAUCAGUUGUGUUUGUAUGUUUGAUGAAUAAACAGCAAUAAUUAUUCCAAUCAAUAUAUCUCAAUCAGUUUGAUAUAAGAACAGUGAGAACUCAUUCUCGAUGGCUUGUUUGUUACAGAUCACUGUGAUCGCCCUGAGCGCGCUGACAACAUUAACGGUGGCCCAUGAUGCCACAUCGUACGCCUAUUACCAUCCGAUAUUCCAUCACACCCAACACCACGGACACGACUAUUACGCUCCACCCAAGUACACGUUCAAAUACGGCGUCAAAGACCCGCACACAAAGGACGACAAACACCAGUGGGAGGAACGGGACGGGGAUGUAGUGCACGGUGGCUAUAGUUUGGUCGAGCCGGACGGUCGUAUCCGAAAAGUAACGUACACGGCCGACAAGCACAACGGGUUCAACGCACACGUACACUACGAGAACCACGCCCAUCACCCGCAAGUCCAUCACCACCACAAACACCACCCUCGCCACCAUCACCGUCGUGGUGGACGUCAACAGUUUUGAGCGAUUUGAGCACUGCAGUUAUCGUUGCCUAAUAUGUUAUUAGUUAUUACUUAUUAUAUUAAAUGGAAUUGUUAUUGUUGUAAA